ACACAAAAGAUGCCGUUAAACUUUCUAAGCCCAUAAUUAGGCCCAUUAAAGACAAAAAGUCAAUUUUUGACCAGAGAGAAGGAUACGAAAUUUGAAAAGAAGAGAGUGAGAGUGGGACAUUGGGGAAAGAGGAAAACAAAACCAAAUUCCCUCUGCUUAUUCCUUCUUCUUCCCUCAAAUUCAAAAUCACAGAUCCUAUUCUUCAAAACCUUCCAUUUGAAAAAUGGCAUCUCGCUACAAUUCCUACGAUUCUAGAUCAUCCGUAUCUUCCUCGAUACACUCAGAUCUAUCUCCCUCAGCCGAAUUCAAAUCGAACAACAACAAGCCAGUUUCAUCCAAGGCCAUUAUCAGAUCCAAGUCUUCCUACUUAACCAAAACAACAAAACCCGAUGGUAAUCCUGGGAACCUCACUUGCAUGAUGAAGAAGCUGAUGGAUAUGAAGAAAUCUAAUCCCAAGAGCAAGAGGGUCGAGCUUGUGAUUCCCGAGGAACUCAAGAAGAUUGAUACUGUUAGAGGAGGAGGAAAAGGGAAGAGUACAUUGGGAACAUUGCAGAGGAAGCUAUUCGGGAAGGAGGACAAGGUGAAGCCUGUGACAGAGGUUAAAGGGAACACUAGGACUCUCUCUAUGGUUCUUAGAAGCGAGAGAGAGCUACUGAGCAUGAACAAGGACCAGGAGGUUGAAAUCUCUGAGUUGAAAUUGCAGCUUCAAGACAAGAACCGAGAAGUGGAGAAGUUGAAGGAUCUGUGUCUGAAGCAAAGGGAGGAGAUAAAGUCACUGAAGAGUGCAGUUCUGUUUCCGGAUGCUAUGGAUAGCCAAAUUAGCCAAAUGCAGGAGCUGAAUCAGGCUAGGCAGAUCAUUCCUAAUCUUCAAAAGCAGGUCAUUUCACUCAAUGGCCAGCUCCAAUGCAUUGCUCAAGAUCUUGCUGAGGUGAAGGCGAACAAGUAUAUGUCAGAAAGCUGUUACUGGCAAGCACAGACAUCUUCCUAUGAUUCACUGGAAUUUAGCUCAGGAAGCCCUGAUGGAUUGGCUCUAGAAGAUCUGAAUCCAUGUCUAACCCCUUAUACCAAGAAGAAGCCUAAGGAGUUUGAGAGGGUUGAUUCAGCAGAAGAGAGCUUAUCAGGGAGAAGCACUAUAACAACAACAGGAGGUAAAGUCAAAUCGAGUGCAAAAAGUGUAAAGCUGUCAAGGAGCUCAGAGGGAAAGGCAGGGCGGAGAUCAGAAGAGAGCAAAGUAUGGUAUAGUGGUGGGAGAAUGUUUUUAAGGUAAAAAAAGAAAAGAAGAAAAUAGUGCCUCAUAAGGUAAGCUUUGUCCAUUUUUUCUCACUUGAUGUGUUACGUCUCUUGCUCUCAAUCUCUAGAGAGCAGUAUGAUUUUGGUAGAACCAUCUGGAGCCAUGAUCCACGAUUGAGUUGAAUAAGAGAAGAGUGUUAUGUGUAAAA